AUGUCUCAAUUAGAUUUAUCUUUAUAUUUAAAUCACUAUUUUGUUUUACUAUUAUUAUUUUUUUUAUUAAUAAUUUUAAUAAGUUUAAGAUUUUAUAAUUUUUUCUUAGUUUUAAACAUAAGAAAUAAUUUUAUUUCAAAUAGUUCAGAAUCAAUUAAUAAUAAUUUUAAACAAUUUUCUAUAUUAUAUAAUAUAUUGAAAUUAUAA